CUAUAUACAUUACAGCUAGUGUUUGAACGUUCAAGAAGGACUAGUUUUUGCAACGAUAGCUUCUAAAAGUUGCCCUUGGAUUUUAUAGGCAAUUUCAUUUUAAGGUAAAACUUUACCUUCCGAAAGUUAUAUCAGAGACUGUGAUGGUGCUAAUCAAGAACACUGCAGCUUGUGUUGUGUUUGUGUUUCUUUCUGCUGCCUGGUUCUCCACUGCACGGAUGAACCCUAAAGGUGCUGCCGCAGUUGAUGAAAUUCCGGAUAUAAAGGCAAGUGUUGCAACUAGGGUUACGAAAAUCUCUACAGUGAAAAGCUUGGCAACAAUUGAUGAAGGGAACUUGAGCAAAGCAUGUGCAAAAAGAAAUGGUAGAAGACGUUUGCCUUAUGAGGUUAAUGGGGGUCCCCUGGCUUUUACUGCUGAUUAUCAUCGACCAGCGCACCAUCCACCUAAGAAUAACAAAUGAACACUUAAAGUUCAUCCUCUUAAUGGAAGAUAUUUGGGUAUUUUUUUUCUUUAUAUAAUAUAUAUACCAUCCUUUAGUAUUUCUUAAUUUACUACAUAUAUGAACUUAUAGAAGUGCUUUUGAUCUUCAAUGUACUGUAAACAAACACGAUGAAUGAGUUAAGUUAAAGAAGUAUUU